ACGGUUCGUCGCUCAAGAUUGAAAGUACAUAAAGAACGAGGCCUGUUAAACUUCACCACAGAGAGGAGAUUACGAAGUGUCGAAGUGUUCACCAAAGUAACGAACACCAUGAAGAUCGUUGUGAUUUUUGCCCUUCUCUUCGAAGUUUGCCACGCAUCUUCUCUCCACCUUCCAGCAUUCCUUCCAACUUUUAUAGCCCCUCUUCACACUAUUGAUGAGAAACCUCAAAAAGCUGAUACCACGAUUUCAAAUAAAAAUGUGAACGUAGUUGUAACGGUUGAUCCAAAAACGGUGGCAAGUGAAUUGAUGAAACUGAUUGAAGAGAGGACGGGUAAGCAUCAAGGGAGAAGAACGCUAGACACGUACCACACUAUGGAGGACAUAGAGAAGGUGAUAACACCAGUUCUGGCUCCAGCCAGGCGAAGUAAUGCACCAUCAGCGUUUGAGACAGCCUACGCCCUAGAUCACAUCACACGACGGGCUCUCACAAAGGACGGAACCAAGCCACCAACGAUUGAGGAGGAAAUCGCGACGCGAAAUGUCGUAGCGGAGAUGAUGAAGACCCUGCGGAGCUUGACGGAAGGGGAAGCCAAGAAGGAUGAACCAAAGAAGAAGCAACAAGGGGCGGUUCCAAUCGCACAAAGAUCAUUGGUCGAUACUCACGACAUUAGCCAUAUUAAACGUGCAGAGGCGAAACCAAAUGAUGAUGAUGACCUCAUUACUCUGGAACUUGAAGUUUCGAAAGCGGCUUUGAGACGCGCAUUAGUAGCAUGAAUAAUAUUGAAUGAUGGUAUAAUAAUUGUCGAAAUUCGAAUGUAAUUAUUUUUCAAUCUAAAGAAGAGAAUAAACAAGUGAUGAUUGGAUGCAGAGUU